CAUUUUACUAUAAAUUACCUUUGUCUAACUAAAACCAUGAAAACACCAUAGAUCAAUCAAGAAAACACAAACAAACAAAACAAAGAAUGAAGAAAGAGAAUGAAACAGUGAUAGUUGUUGGAGCAGGCCCUUCUGGUCUCUCUGUUGCAGCAACCUUAACAAACCAAUCCAUUCCUUACAUAAUCCUCGAAAGAGAAAAUUGUUUUGCAUCACUAUGGAAAAAAUAUUCAUAUGAUCGUCUUCAUCUUCAUCUCAAAAAACAAUUUUGCGAACUUCCACACAAACCAUUUCCAUCUUCUUUUCCAUCAUACAUUCCAAAAGAAAAGUUUUUGGAUUAUUUAGAUGACUAUGUUUCUCACUUCAAAAUCAAUCCUCUGUAUCAUAGAACAGUGGAAUCUGCAGAGUUUGAUGAAGGUAAUGAGAAAUGGAAAGUGAAAGCUAUGAAUAAAGAUUCUGGUGAAGUUGAGGAAUAUGAUGGAAAGUUUUUGGUUGUGGCUAGUGGUGAAACUAGUGACCCAUUUGUACCUGAAAUUGAAGGGUUGAAGAGUUUUCCUGGGAAAGUGAUUCAUUCAACUGUGUUUAAGAAUGGAAAAGAGUUUAAAGAUGAACAUGUUCUUGUUGUUGGUUCUGGGAAUUCUGGUAUGGAAAUUGCUUUGGAUCUUAUCAACCAUGGUGCUAAAACAUCAAUUGUUGUUCGUAGCCCGGUUCAUUUUUUGUCAAGGGGAAUACUAAAUUUGGGGUUGUUUUUGAUGAAGUAUUUGUCAAUGGAGAUGGUAGAUUCAGUGAUGGUGAUGCUUAGUAAAAUUGUUUAUGGGGAUGUCACAAAUUAUGGGGUUAGUAGGCCUAAUGAGGGACCCUUUUAUAUGAAGGUCAAAUACGGCAAGUAUCCUGUUGUUGACGUUGGAACCUAUCACAAAAUUAAGUCCAGAGAAUUAAAGGUGUUGCCAGCAGAAAUAGAAUGCGUAAAUGGCAAGGAUGUUCUCUUCAAAAAUAGCCAUUUGCACACUUUUGACUCUAUUAUUUUCUGCACCGGCUUCAAAAGAUCAACCCACAAGUGGCUUAAGGGGGAUGAUUACCUUUUGAAUGAUGAUGGUAUUCCGAAGCCGAGUUACCCAAUUCAUUGGAAGGGAAAGAAUGGUUUAUAUUGUGUUGGACUAUCAAGGAGAGGUUUCUAUGGAGCUGCUGGAGAUGCUGAAAAUGUAGCAAAUGAUAUAAGAUCCAUCUUGCAAAAUCUAUGAACCAACAGAUAUUGCCCUUAUCUUUGAUUAGCUGCUUGUUCCCAAUUAGCUUAAUUUUAAGUAACAUGUUAAGUCUUUUUAUCUUUGUUUUUUAGUGACUUUUUUUUUAUAGACGAAAUGACACAGUCGUUGAAAACUCAUACAUCAAAAGUGGUGCUGCUUAGACUUGAGAGGGUGCAUAUGCACCCCCGACAUUUUAGUAUUCAUACCUACAAUCCUAUCCUAUUAAAAAUAAUUCUUGCACAUCCUAA